UUGAUCAAUAAAUUGUCAAUGUAAACAGCUAUAAUUAUCAGAAAAGUAAUAAAUAUGCAACAAAUAAUCUUGGAAGAAACAUUUUGUACGCUGUGUCUAAAUACUGUAAGGGAUUCAAAUUGCCAGAUAAUGGAUGUAAUAAGGGAUGUUCUAAAAAUUGUUUUGCCGGAUUUGAGCUUAGAAGAAACAGUUAAACAUUUCAUGUGUACAGUAUGUUCGGGAAAAUUGUUUGCUGCUUUUAAUUUUAAGGCAAUAUGUACGGAUACCGAGGAUAUUAUUUUUCCUUACAUUAAUGCAAGUAGAACCUCAACGGUUGAUUUAAAAGAAAUUUAUCUGAAAGAAAAUGGAAGCAUUCAGUUAAUCAAUAUAUUGGAAGAUCAGAGAAUUUGUCGGUUAUGUUUUCACUUAGUUGCAGACGAAUUUGUGGCACUAAAAGAAGUGGAUGUUGGCAUAAUCGAUAUGUAUAUACCACAAGUUAACAUCAGUGCCACGAGAGAUCCUGUUAUAUGUAAAGCCUGCUUUGAUUCACUUCAUACUCACAGCAGUUUUUUAAGGAACUGCCUCGAUUCACAGGAAAAAUAUAAUUAUGUUGAUGAACAGUCUUACAUUAAAACUGAAGAAAUUGAAAUAAAACUGGAAGACAGUGGUCAUGAUGCACAGGAGAAAUAUAGAUGUGAUGAAAACCAGUCUAAAGAGAUUGAAAUAAAACCGAAAGAUGAUGAAGAAGGUGAUUCAUCUCCAGACGACUUAGGAAAUGAAACAAUUGAUUACAAAGAGAUGCACCAUUCUCAAGAUAUAGAACAAAUAAUAGGCGAAUGUGAGAUAGGAUUAAAAGGACAUCGUAAUGUUCCAAGCAGAAGCAAGACCAGAAGCAAAAGGUCUAGAUUUAAAAUGUGUGAACGAUUCUAUCGAUGUGAUAAAUGUAAAUAUAAAUCUAGGUUCAAAAAUAGUCUGAAAAGGCAUCAGUUAAUACACAAAAACCCGUCAGAAUUGACAAUGCACAAGUGUGAUAAGUGUGAUCAUAAAACUAAGUUUAAGACGAAUCUAAAACAGCAUCAGAUAAGACACAAAAUCUCUUCAGGAUUCAUGGUGUACAAGUGCAGUACAUGCAGUUUUAAAACUAAGUAUAAAAAUGUCCUCGAAAAACACAAGUUGUUACAUAACAACCCUUCAGAAAUCCAAAUGUACAAAUGUGACACAUGCAGUUUUGAAACCAAACACAAGGGUAAUCUAAAACGUCAUCAGUUAAAGCACAAAGACCCUUCCGAAACCCAAAUGUACAAAUGUGACAGAUGCAGUUAUGAAACCAAACGCAACGAUGAGCUAAAACUUCAUCAGGUAAAGCACAAAGACCCUUCAGAUAUCCAAAUGUACAAAUGUGACACAUGCAGUUAUCAAGCCAAACGCAAGGGUGAUCUAAAACUUCAUCAGUUAAGGCACAAAGACCCUUCAGAAAUCCAAAUGUACAAAUGUUAUACGUGCAGUUAUGAAGCCAAACGCAAGGGUGAUCUAAAACUUCAUCAGUUAAGGCACAAAGACCCUUCCAAAAUCCAAAUGUACAAAUGUGACACAUGCAGUUUUGAAACUAAACGCAAGGGUGAUCUAAAACUUCAUCAGUUAAGGCACAAAGACCCUUCCGAAAUCCAAAUGUACAAAUGUGACACAUGCAGUUUUCAAUCCAAACGCAAGGAUGUUCUAAAAUUUCAUCAGUUAAGGCACAAAACUCCUUCGGAAAUCCAUAUGUAUGAAUGUGACACAUGCAGUUAUGAAACUAAACGCAAGAGUGAUCUAAAACUUCAUCAGUUAAGGCACAAAGACCCUUCCAAAAUCCAAAUGUACAAAUGUGACACUUGCAGUUUUGAAACCAAACGCAAGGGUGAUCUAAAAUUUCAUCAGUUAAGGCACAAAAAUCCUUCGGAAAUACAAUUGUACAAAUGUGACACUUGCAGUUUUGAAACCAAACGCAAGGGUGAUCUAAAACUUCAUCAGUUAAGGCACAAAGGCCCUUCCGAAAUCCAAAUGUACAAAUGUGACACAUGCAGUUUUGAAUCCAAAUGCAAAGGUGAUCUAAAACGUCAUCAGUUAAGGCACAAAAAGCCUUCGGAAAUCCAUAUGUACGAAUGUGACACAUGCAGUUUUGGAACCAAACGCAAGGAUGAUCUAAAAAUUCAUCAGUUAAGGCACAAAAAUCCUUCGGAAAUCCAUAUGUUUGAACAAAUGUGAUUUGUGUAAUAUCAAACUAAUUUUAGAAGUGGCACUCACAAAACCCAAUAUAAGAACAGUUUAAAUCAUCAGUUAAGGCACAAAAACCCUUCGGAAAUCCAAAUGUUCAAAUGUGAUAAAAGUAAGGUAUAUUUAAACAAGCAUCAGUUAAAAUACAAAAACUCUUCGUAAGUACAAAUGUACAAAUGUGAUACUUGUAGUUAUUAAACCAAAAGUAAGAUAUAUUUAAACAAGCAUCGCUUAACACUUUGGAAGUCUAAAUAUACAAGUGUGUAUCAUGCAGUUAUCUGGCUAAAUGGAGGAGUUAUUUGAAGAGCCAUUUGUUAAUCCACAAACAUUCGAGAAAUCCAAAUGUACAAAUGUGAUUCUUGUACCUGAGACUAAACAUAAGCCAUUAAGAUAUUUUAAUAAACCUUAACAAAGGUUCAAAAUUUCAAUGCAAAUAUGACAGGUAUAUUUUGUGAAAAAAUUGCACUCAUGUUCUGCAUUGCUUUUAGAAGAUAUGUUAUAAAUUUGUUUGUUGUCUGCCUUAAUACAUUUAUUAAAGAAAAUAAAACA